CAAAUGAGAAUUUAAAAAAAAUAAAAGAGAAAAAAUAACGCCUUCUUUGUCUGUUCGCUAAUUCAAAAAUCAACAUAGAAGAUCCUCAAGAUUCUGGACGUAAUCUGUCGGAUCUUUCUUUCCAAUCUGUCAGAUUUCCAAGAGGAUUUUCUCUAUCUCACUGACUCCGAUGGCUUCCCCUUUUAAAUCCCACCCACCCUUUCUCUCGUUUUACCAUCGCCAUCACCAUAAUAUUCAGUAGUUCUCCUGUUCUUCUUCUUCGUAUUCUUCCUUCUUGUAUGUUUUUGUGUUGCCUUUGAGAUUACAAGGUCAGAAAUAUGGGUUUGGCAGCUGCAGAGGCUCAUCAGUUUCAUGUUCUUGCUGUUGAUGACAGCAUCAUUGACAGAAAGUUGAUUGAGAGACUUCUCAAGACUUCUUCUUAUCAAGUUACUGCUGUUGAUUCUGGAAGCAAGGCUUUGGAAUUUUUGGGUUUGCAUGAACAAGAUGAUCAGAGUGCUGCAGAUAUUCCCUCUCUUUCCCCAGAUAAUCAUCACCAGGAGGUUGAAGUAAAUUUGAUCAUUACAGAUUACUGCAUGCCAGGAAUGACAGGCUAUGAUCUCCUCAGAAAGAUUAAGGAAUCUAACGUGCUUAAAGACAUACCAGUUGUUAUUAUGUCGUCAGAGAAUGAGCCAUCAAGGAUCAACAGAUGCUUGGAGGAAGGAGCACAAGAGUUUUUCCUUAAACCAGUACAGUUAUCCGAUGUGAACAAGCUUCGACCUCACAUGUUGAAGGGCAGAAGCAGUGUGGACAUGGAAGACCAACCCAACGUCAACAAGAAAGGGCAUGGAACUAACACAAUCAGUUGAUUCAUUGCCAGAUAGAACAAGAACAAAUAUAAUGACUUGGAAGUGAUUACUUCAUGAGCACUUGAUCAAUUUUCUCUCUUUUAGGAAGUAUCAAGUAGAAUGAUGAUGGAUGGAUUGUCAAAUAUUGAUAUAUGUGCGUCUCACAUUACGUGCCACAAUGUAGAUCAAACGACCUUUGAUCUCUAUAGUUUUCAAUAGACUUCUCUUCUCUACUAUUUUUUUUUUCUUUUAGAUCUGAUUGUAAAUUAACAGGCAGAAAAUAUUUAUUGAAUUUUUGUCAGCUAUAGAAUAUUUUAUUUUUUUUU